CCUUUGUAUAAGCGACCACCCUUACACCUUCAGUUGAUGGCCAGGCAUCAACGCGACUCCUUGCAAUUGUGCUUGAUGCCUUGAAGCAGCCAACCGAGUCCAGCGACCAUGCGCCUCCUCGACCUCCCUCCAAUCCUCUCCGCCCUCGUCCUCUCCGUCCCCUGCGCAUCCGCCUUCUACCUCCCCGGCAUCUCGCCCACAACCUACAAACAAAAUGACCUCGUGCACCUCGACGUCGACCGCCUCACCCCCGGCCUCUCCGAAAAACACACUCAGCUUUCCUCCGCCUUCUCCUGGCCCUACUACUCCCCCGAGUUCCACUUCUGCCAACCCGAAGGCGGCCCUCGAUAUGUCUCCGAGUCGCUGGGCAGCAUCCUGUUCGGCGACCGCAUCAUGAACUCCGCCUUCCACCUGCGCAUGCUCAAGAAUGAAACCUGCUCGGCGGUAUGCGAUGGGGUCAAGUUCCCAAAAGACACAGACGAUGCCGAGUAUACGAAUGAACGCAUUCGGCAGGACUACACCAUCAACUGGCUGAUUGACGGGCUGCCCGUGGCGCAGGUAUAUCGGGACGUCGAUACGCAGACGCUCUACGACAUCCCUGGUUUCGCGCUGGGCGCCAUGAACAAUGACAAUCCGCGUCUACACAACCAUGUCAAUCUGCUGAUUGAGUAUCACGAAGUCGGGCCAAAUCAAUAUCGCGUGGUGGGCGUCAAUGCGCAUCCUGAGUCUCUGGGCCGCUCGAGGCGCACCGGCACCGGCAGCGACUUUACCGCAGACUGCGGAGAUCCCGAUGUACCUCAGACAUUGAGUGAGACGGAGGAUACGUACGUGACGUGGACCUACUCGGUGCAGUGGCGCCCAUCGUCCACGGUGUUUGCGACGAGAUGGGACAAGUAUCUGCACGUCUACGACGCAAAGAUUCAUUGGCUGGCGCUCGUGAGCAGCGCUGUCAUGUUCACAUUCCUCGUCGGUGCCGUGACCACCAUUCUCGGUCGCACUCUCCGUAAGGAUAUCGCCCGGUACAACCGGCUCGAUCAGCUCGGCCUCGAGGAUUUCAACGGCACUAGCCUCGAGGAAGACGGCGUGGUCGAGGACAGCGGGUGGAAGCUUGUGCACGGCGACGUAUUUCGUCCGCCUCGCAACUCCCUCGCCCUCUCCAUCUUGGUGGGCAAUGGUGCUCAGCUAUUCAUGAUGACAGGCUUCACCAUCGCUUUCGCCGCGGUCGGCUUCCUCUCCCCCAGCAACCGCGGCAGCCUCGCAACCGUCAUGAUCCUCCUCUACACGCUCUUCGGCUUCAUCGGCGGCUACAUGAGCGCGCGCGUGUACCAGUACUUCGGCGGCACAAAGUGGAAGCAGCUCUUCAUCUUCACGCCCGCCGCCGUCCCCAUCGCCGUCUUCGGCACCUUCUUCCUCCUCAACUUCUUCGUCUGGAUCCGCGGCUCCUCCGGCGCCGUCCCCUUCACCACCAUGCUCGUCAUCGUCGGCAUCUGGUUCCUCAUCUCCGCCCCGCUCAGCAUCGCCGGCUCCUGGAUCGGCUUCAAGCAGUCCAUCAAACCCCCACCCGUCCGCACCAACCAAAUCCCCCGCCAGAUCCCGCCCGCCACCGGCUACCUCCGCCUCAUCCCCAGCGUCUUCGCCGUCGGCAUCCUCCCCUUCGGCGCCAUCUUCAUCGAGCUCUUCUUCAUCCUCCGCAGCCUAUGGAGCAACAGGAUCUACUACAUGUUCGGCUUCCUCUUCCUCUCUUUCGGGCUGCUGAUCGUCACCAGCGCCGCCGUGACCAUCAUGAUGAUCUACUUCCUCCUUUGCGCCGAAAACUACCACUGGCAGUGGCGCGCGUUUAUCAGCAGCGGCGCGAGUGCUGUGUACGUGUUUGCGUACAGCUUGGUCUACUGGGCGAAGAUGCUGAGUUUCAGCUCGCUGACGGGUGGGUUGCUGUAUUUGGGUUACUCGGCGCUCAUUAGCUUCUUGUGGUUUGUCAUGACUGGCACGAUUGGAUUCGUGGCGUCGUGGGUGUUUGUGCAUCGCAUCUAUGGCUCGCUCAAGGUCGAUUGA